AAAAUCCGCUUUCUACCACGAGAUAGCAGUAUCGUCGAAUUAUCGAUUAUAGUCUAUUCGUUGAAACCGCGGAAGCCUGUCGGUCGAGUGAAAUCUUCCCGCAAAUCGUCCCGUGGGUUACAUAAAGCUCUCAAAUUUCACGUUCUAUAUCAUUCACACGGAUAAAGAAGUGUCAAUCGUCAAGUAGCUCGGCUAUAAAGUGCCGCGAGAGGGGUAGCAUUCUCCAUGCCAAUUCGAGCGUGAGACAUUUUACGCGCGAUAAACACGCGAUUUAAAAGGAUCUUGCAAAAAUGCGUGCUAGCCCCGUUUAAAGGACAUGCCGCGUGGAGAUACGAUUCUAUCUUCAUAGUAAGUACAGCGAUGCAACGCGCGCAAAAUAAUCGGGCACGGUGCGCUCAACCCGGAUAUGCCCUGAAUCGGAAGUGACAGGUAUUAACGAUGCAAAGUGGCACGAUCUUAUCGACAGGGAGAGACACGUGCGCGUUAAUCAAAAUUUUUUGCCAAUCGUUUCUAUCGAGCAAUGUUAGAUGGCGCUACGUAUCUUCUUUUUGCCACUUUGAGCGAAUUAUAUAAAACUUCAUCAAACGCAAAUCACGCGAAAUACGAUUAUAUUAUUAUUGUUAGGUAAUAUGAUUAUUAGAUUAUCCCCAAAAUAAGCUUAAUAGCAAUAGAAUUUUAAUUGAGGAUUUAGACCGUGACAUGUUGAUAUUUCAACAAUUGAAAAUUGUAACGAGAGAUGAUAUUUGAUCAAGACUGAUAAGGAGAGAUAAGAGAAAAAUGGAAAGAAAUGUGCGGGAAACCUGACGUAGUUUAUAUAUACGCAUAUUUUGCAUCCAUAUUUUUUAAAUUCAGUCAAGAAGAAAGUAAAACGAUAUCGAGCGCGGCGAGGCUCGUUUCGUAGGAGUAUCCUCGGUGUCGGCGUCGACGUCGACGUCGACGUCGACGUCGGUUCCGGCGUUGACAUCGACGCCGACACCGCUGAACGAGACAAACAGAUGUGACGUGCCGAGGGCAACGUUCGGAGUGGGGCGCACAGCAAAUGCAUCAUCAGGUACGCAUCAGGACUUCCAGACGACACGUGCUAGCGCGAGCGUGAACACGACUUCCAGAGGGACUUCGGAGGGAGAUCUCGAUGUGAGCCGAAGUCGUUGGAGAGCGUUCGGUCGGUUUCUACAACAUCUUACUCUCACUAUGCUGCUGUUGGCCAUUGCGGCAGGAGCACUGGCUUUAGUUGUCAUCUACAUGGGUCCGAUUUAUCUUGUGCAACUCCUCAUAGUGGUCUCCGUUGCCUACUUUGUUGCCGGUGGCCGUAUGAAAUGGUUCUACGUUGCCCUUAGGACAUUACCACGUGAUUGCAAAGGACUUAUAAGAUAUUUUAAAAUGCUGUGGUCAGUACAUAGUCAUGAAAAGAAAAACAGAAACGUCGCCGAUAUAUUUAGACAAUAUGUCAGUCGUCAUCCUAACAAAAUCUGCUUUAUAUUUGAAGAUCAAGAAUGGACUUUUCAACAGGUCGAGGACUUCAGUAAUAAAAUUGCGAACAUAUUUAAAGCGCAUGGUUAUAAGAAAGGAGACACGAUUGCUUUACUAUUAGAAAAUCGGCCGGAAUUUAUUGCGAUUUGGCUAGGUUUAAACAAGCUUGGUGUGAUAACAUCUUUACUUAAUACCAAUUUGCGCAAGAGUAGUCUUUUGCAUUGCAUUAAUAUUUCAAAAUGUCAAGCAUUUAUAUAUGGCAUCGAUUUUUUCGAUGCUGUAACAGAUAUCGCCUCGUCGUUGGAUGCUAAAUUAACUUUAUACAGAUUCGGAAAUCACUCGAAUGCAAUGUCAAAUGGAUUAAAAGAGAAAGAUUUAAAUGCCCUCUUGGCGGAUACACCCGCUACACCACCAAUCGUACAAGAAAGAAGUGGUUUUCAUGACAAACUUUUGUACAUUUAUACCAGUGGUACAACAGGUUUACCCAAAGCAGCUGUUAUUACUAAUUCAAGAUAUAUCUUUAUUACGAGUUCGGUACAGUACAUGGGAGUUUUACGUAAUUCUGAUAGAAUAUAUACCCCACUGCCGUUGUAUCAUACGGCUGGUGGAAUAAUGACUGUGGGCUUAGCUUUGGUACAUGGACACACAACAGUAAUCAGAAAAAAAUUUAGCGCUAGUGCGUAUUUUGCUGAUUGCAUUAAAUAUAAAUGUACCGUUGCUCAAUAUAUAGGAGAAAUGUGUCGAUAUAUUUUGGCAGUACCCUCUAAAAAAGAAGAUCACGAACAUACUAUUAGAAUGAUCGUUGGCAAUGGAUUAAGACCGCAGAUAUGGGAAGAAUUUGUAAAACGAUUUAAUAUUCGACAAGUGCUUGAGUUUUACGGUGCAACAGAAGGCAAUGCUAAUGUUAUGAAUAUUGACAACAAAAUGGGAGCUAUAGGUUUUUUUUCAAGAAUUAUCCCAUCGGUAUAUCCCGUUUCCCUUAUUAAAGUAAACGAAGAUGGAGAACCUAUACGCAAUUCUAAAGGAUUGUGUCAAGUCUGUGAACCAAAUGAACCUGGCGCAUUUAUCGGAAAGAUCGCACCAAAUAAUCCAACUAGGGCGUUUUUAGGAUAUGUGGACAAAAAAGCAUCUGAGAAAAAAGUAAUUUACAAUGUUUUUACAAAAGGCGAUUCUGCUUUUUUGUCGGGGGAUAUCCUUAUUGCCGACGAUUUUGGCUAUCUAUAUUUCAAGGAUAGAACGGGAGACACAUUUAGAUGGAAAGGAGAAAAUGUAUCAACUUCUGAAAUUGAAGGCAUAGUCAGUAAUCUUAUCAGUUAUCGAGAUUGUAUAGUAUACGGCGUGGAGAUUCAAGGUAAUGAAGGUAGAGCAGGAAUGGCAGCAAUUUAUGAUGCAGAUGGCACAUUGGAUAUAAAUAAAUUAUCCGUCGACAUUAAGGAACAAUUACCUGCUUAUGCCAGACCACAAUUUGUCAGGAUUUUGACGAAAAUUGAUCUCACAGGAACGUUCAAAUUAAAAAAGAAAGAUCUUCAGGAAGAAGGAUAUAAUCUGCAUAAAAUUCAAGACAAAUUAUAUUAUUUAGAUGCAAAACUUGGUUAUCAAUUAUUGACACUAGAAGUUUAUAAUCAAAUUCUACAAGGAAAAAUCAAGUUUUAAGCAUCUGAAGCAAUACAAAUGAUGGUAAUUGAUAUUUUAUAAUGCAUUUACCGCUAUUAAUAAUACAUAUGGACUAUUAUAAACAAAUCUCAGAAAUCUGAUGUAUUUAAAUAACAAAGUAAAUGUGAUAUUCAGCAGUAA